CUCACCUUACUCUUCAUCGUCGUUUUGGUACUCUGCCUCAAAACGGCGCGUUGUGAAAUCAAAACGACAUUCUUUGGUUCUCACUUCGAUGGAAAGUAGCAGAACAAAGGAGAAAGCUUCCUCUGUGAGAUGGCAGAUCCUCCGCCACGCUCUUCUCCCUCGCAAUUCUCAUCCUAAGCCACAUGAGGAAUCUGAAACGCGUAUUAAGAGAAUUUCGAGAAGAACAACGCAUGGAUUCAAUUUGAUACACUGUCAUGAAGUGAAAGUGAAUGCUGAUGAUGAAUGUGACUCCAAUAAAAGCAACGGUUCCACCAUGGAUAUGCGAGUUUGUUACACUCUUCCUGUCCCUGGCUCUCCGCAACUGUUUUUGACACAAAGAGUGGAAAACCAUGCUCAGCUCAGUGAUUUUGAGAUAUGCAACAGAUACAACAUUGACAACACUGGCCUUGUCUGUAAUUGGCCUUCGGAAGAUGUUCUUGCUCACUUUUGCUUGUCGCAAGCAGAUAUAUUCAGGUCUAAAAAAGUUAUUGAACUUGGUUCUGGCUAUGGCUUGGCUGGGUUUGUUAUUGCAGCUGUUACUGAGGCAUCAGAGGUUGUAAUCUCAGAUGGAAAUCCCCAAGUGGUUUAUUAUACUCAGCGUAACAUUGAAGCCAACUCUAGAGCAUUUGGGGAUACAGUUGUGAAGUCUAUGCGGCUCCAUUGGGAUCAGGAAGAUAAUAUUGCAGACACUUUCGAUAUCAUUGUUGCAAGUGAUUGCACUUUCUUUAAGGAUUUCCACGGAGGCCUUGUUCGAAUUGUCAAACGGCUAUUGUCCAAAUCAGCAUCUUCAGAGGCUAUAUUUUUAAGUCCUAAAAGAGGCAACUCAUUGGACCUGUUCUUGGGGGUGGUUGAAGAAAAUGGUUUGAAUUUCAGUGUCACAGAGAAAUAUGAUACAGAAGUAUGGAAACGCCAUGAGGGGUUCUUGAACGGUGAAAAUAGAACCUCUUGGCCAAGUUAUGAGAAAGAUCACUGCUAUCCACUAUUAAUCAGAAUUACCCUAUGAACUUAAACUUCCAAAUGUUUCAAAUGGGGACUCACUCCAUUGUUGGUUGACUCUUAUUAAGUCAUGGAUAAGGUACAAAUCUAUUCUUCCAACACAGUAAAUAUGCUGUUGAUGCAUGCUUCAAUUUGUUGGGGUCAUAUCUUCAAUAUACAGUACUACUCUCAAAUGAAAUAUGAAGCAUAUUCGGUGGCUCAUCUUUAAAGUGAAGAAUAUUAAAAUUUGGGGCCUCAGAAGCAGUAGAUAUAUCAAAAUAUGGUUUCCUUGAAUCUUAUUAGUCUUUGCAACACAAAAAAAGGGGGAAAAGAAGAAACUUAUCAAAAGUUCUGUAUUUGAUAGAUAAUAUUUGCUAUUUAGUGAUUGAAUAUUUGCACUAUUGUUGUCUCCCAUUUAUGAUAUAAACAUACAAUGGAAAAUAC